UGAGUUAAUUAGAUAAAGUUAAAGGGGUUCAAAAAGGGACCACGGCACUAUGCUCAAGUGGAAUCAUUCUUUUCUUCAAAAUAUUCUAUAAAAUCGACUUCUUUCGCCACAGUGAAUUCUUAGUAACACUUUUCUCUCUCUCUUUCGAAAGGUUUAUGUCUUCACAUAUAUAAAAUGAUUUCAAAAUAUUUAAAAUAGAAAUUAAAAACAUGCAUUGGCUCCCAAAAAUAAAUCAGACUAAAAUAUGAUUCCAUGUUUAAACAGUACUUAAAAAUUUCACCAUUUCAUACAGAUGAUGUGUGAUGCUCGAUUUAAAAUCAGGGACGUGGUUGCUAAGUGGCCUGGUAGCGUCCAUGAUUCCAGAAUUUUCCGGGAAUCACACCUCUGCAGAGUUAUGGAGGAAGGACAGCUGCAAGGUGUGCUGUUGGGGGACUCAGGAUAUGGGUUAAAACCAUAUUUAUUAACGCCAUACUUAGCUACAGAGACAUCAGCCACACAAAAGUUUAAUGCAGCUCAUUGCAGAACCAGAGUGACAAUAGAACAGGCCUUUGGAGUCUUAAAGAAAAGAUUUAACGCCCUGCAUUCAGGCCUGAGAACCUGCCCAGAGAGGGCUUGCCGGGUGAUCACUGCAUGUGCCGUCCUCCAUAACAUCGGCCUGGAUAGGGGAGACAUAUUAAGAGAUGUCCCUGAGAUCACUGCAAUAAAUGAAGCCUGUGAAGUGCCCCUUCCAGAGGAUGUCCAGGGUCGCACAGUGAGGGAUCACAUUAAAGACACAUAUUUCAGGUCCUGAGUGGUGGUCUUUCUUUUCUUGGAGGAUGGUUUACUUCUAUCUGCAAAAUUCCAUGAUUAAAAGUAUAAAAAAGAUCACAGGUUCCCAGAAAAUCAAAUCAUCAUGUGUUAUUCUAUCACAACUGAAAUAAUCGGAAUGAAUAAACUUGUACACAUUAUCUUUUUGUGAUCUUAAUUUUAAGGGGAGAAUUAUUUUCCUUCACAGAGAAAUUUGAAACUGUUGCUAUAAAAAUGAUAUAUGGGAUUUCACAGUAUAUUCUCUUUGUUGUUUGUUUUUUUAUUCAUUUGUAGAAGCUAGAUGUUUCUUUUAACUGUAAAACUAUUGCUUAUACAUGCAAGAGUAAAUAAUCGUAAUGCUAUUGUGAUGUUAAGAGUUUAUUACUUUCUAAGUCGAAAUGAUCAAAGCCAUUUAUAGACCUGCAUCCAUAAAAAUUUUGGGUAAAAAAAUUGUGAAGUGCAACGUGAAGACCGGUCCUUCAGAUGAGACCAAGGCUUGAGGAUAAAAACCACACAGCUCGUUGGAUAAAAAUCAUGCAUAUUCAACUACAGAUCAUGUAAGAUCCAAUAUCCUAUAAUUUUACCUUCUGAUUCAUCUUUCUUUUUCAAAAUUGAUGGUGGACCACACACUUCUGA